AUGUCGACGACCACCAAGUCCCCUAUCGCGCUGGCUGCGCAGCCAUACAUCUGCGGAGGCUCGGCCGCCGUGUUCGCCGCCGUGGCCAUCCACCCCAUCGAUCUGGUAAAGGUUCACUUGCAGCUGGCCGGCCAGACAGGCUCCAACGUCACCGGCCUGGGUGUGGCCCGCUCGGUUGUGGCCAAAGAGGGCAUCACUGGCUUGUACGCCGGCCUGUCGGCCGCUGUAGCGCGUCAGAUGGUCUACGGCACUGCCCGCCUCGGCAUGCACCGGGCCUUCUCCGACAAGAUGAUCGCACGUCGCGUCGCCAACGGCGAGAGCGCGUCGUUGCCGCUGGCCAUCAAAUCCGCGUCAGCGAUUGUGACCGGCGGCGUUGCGGCCACACUGGGCUGUCCUAUGGACGUGGCCCUUGUGCGUAUGCAGGCUGACACACUGGCCAAGGCCGGCGAAUCUCGCGGCUACAAGAAUGUGUUUGACGCCAUCUUUAAGAUCGCAGGAUCCGAGGGCGUGGCCACAUUGUGGCGUGGUAGUAUCCCGCUUGUGGCCCGUGGUGCCGCUAUGAACUUGGGUAUGAUGGCCUCGUAUGAUCAGGCCAAGGAGAUGCUUUCGGCCCAGUACGGCCACGGCUUCAUCACCAACAUGGGUGCCAGCGCCGUGUCCGGAUUUGCCUGUGCCUUCACGUCGCUGCCCUUCGACCUGGUCAAAUCUCGCCUAAUGAACAUGAAGGUAGACCCCAUCACGGGCAAGAAUCCGUACACGGGCGUGACUGACUGCUUUAAGCAGAUUAUUACCAAGGAAGGUCCGUCCAAGCUCUGGCGUGGCUACUGGACCUACUACACUCGCUGUGCGCCCAACGCCAUGAUCGUUCUUCUGGUCGUUGAGCAGCUUAACGCCGUGUACAAGAAGACCUUCCUCGAUUAG